UGCAGAAAGUCAAAAGCUGGUGUUUCCUGCAUUACAGUUAAUAUGGCUUCCGUCUUUGCCAUCUUAUUUUGUCUAUUUGAAAUAAAACCUCUUAUCCACUUGAGUUUCUGUGAUGGUCUCAAAAACUAACUUGCUGUCUUCUAAAAUUCCUACUGACGCUGCACUUUGGGUGGUUGUGACUCGUGAGCUUCAAGCACACCAAUGAGUAAUCGUCUGGAAGUUGGGAGGGCUGCCUCGGGUAAAAGAAGACUGAAAGACCUAUUGCUUCAAAAAGACAAUCGUUUUUGUGCUGAUUGUAAUGCUCCAGAUCCCAAGUGGGCGUCAGCUAAUAUUGGAGUUUUUAUUUGCUUAAAAUGUUGUGGCGUACACAGAAGCCUUGGUACUCAUAUAUCAAAGGUUUUGUCUGUGACAUUGGAUGAAUGGUCUGAUGAUGAAAUAGAUGCAAUGAUUGAAGUUGGAGGAAAUGGUUCUGCUAAUAAAAUUUAUGAGGCUCAUAUUCCGGAAGGAUAUAGUAAGCCCACACCAGAUGCCGGUCAUGAGCAGCGUGCAAAUUUCAUCCGAUCCAAGUAUGAGCUUCAAGACUUUUUGAAACCUGGUUUGCGCAUUUCAUCUGGAAAAAGCUCUCAAGUGUCAAAUUCUUCCAACAAAUUUAUGGAUAGUUUCCGUAGCACUAGUGGUCCACAGAAAACGGAAGGAAUGGUUGAAUUUAUUGGGUUGCUGAAGGUCAAAGUGGUUAAAGGCACAAAUUUAGCUAUUCGGGAUAUGAUGUCUAGUGAUCCAUAUGUCGUCUUAAAACUUGGCCAACAGACAGUUCAGACAGCUGUAGUGAACAGUAACUUGAAUCCGGUUUGGGAUGAGGAACUAAUGCUUUCUGUUCCCCAGGAAUAUGGAUCAUUGAAAUUGCAAGUAUAUGAUCAUGAUACAUUCUCGGCGGAUGAUAUAAUGGGCGAGGCAGAAAUUGAUCUCCAACCGAUGAUAACGUCAGCAAUGGCAUUUGGAAAAGCGGAAAUGUUUGGCGAUAUGCAGAUUGGAAAAUGGCUUAAAUCUGAUGACAAUGCUCUCAUAGAGGAUAGCUUAGUCAAUAUAGUUGAUGGAACGAUUUUACAGAAAAUGACUCUCAAGCUCCAAAAUGUUGAAUCGGGAGAAGUAGAUUUAGAACUUGAAUGGAUGCCUCUUGAUCAAUAGGUACAUAAAUGUUAGUUGCUAUUGUUGAAUUAUUUUUAACUAAGCCUGGGUGUAUUUUUUCCCCUCAUUAUGACUUACUGCUUGUGGAUGAAUUGAUAAAUGUAAAACGAUACCUUGUAAUACUUUCUCAGUAUUACACUUUAUUCUGUACAUACCGUUGAAUUGUUUUA